AUGCAUCUUAAAGUAGUUGUUCUAAAACUAUGCCAAGUUGGAGAGCAUUCUUGUGUACUUUCUCGUUUCUCUCUGUUCACUUUUGGUGACUUAAUUUUUGAUUCUUUUUUUUUUGGCCUGAACUUAAUCUUUGAUUUCGGAAACAACAACUACAUCAACACCGUCUUUGAUCUUCUCUCUAAUUACGAACCGUACGGCCAAACUUUCUUCAAGUUUCCCACCGGAAGAUUCUUUGAUGGACGUGUAAUCCCAGAUUUCAUUGUUGAAUGUGCCAAGUUGCCAUUAUUGCCACCUUAUCUGUAUCCUGGAACAUACAAUGAUAAUUGCAUUUAUGGAGUAAAUUUUGCAUCAUCAGGAGCUGGGGCCCUAGUGGAAACACGUCCGGGAACAAAAAUAUACGAGGAAGGUGGGAGAAGAUUCUCGUUAGUGAAUGCUGCUCCAUUCAGCUGUUUUCCAUUAUUAAGGAGAAAUGGAAGCAGCGUGAGCAGUUUCCAGGAAGAAGAAGCUGCUUCAUUAGCAAGACUGCACGAUAAUGCUCUUCCAAAUAAGCUUCAGAAGCUGCAACAACAGCUCGAGGGCCUCACAUACAUAGUCUUUCACUAUCACAGUGCCCUCUUUCACUAUUAG